AUGGAAAACGAGGUAAGAAACGGCGGAAUUUGUUAUCUACACAGGUAAAAACCCACAAGUUGUAACAAACCUGCAGCAGACUUGUAGCAAUGCUGUUCCAACAACUUGUCAACAGGAUGUGUUCGCACUGCUUGUUCCCAGCUUGCUGCAAGGUUGUUGAGCUCAACAGACUUGUUACAAGUUGCUCCAAUAACUUGUUAUCGUCCUGCAAUUCAACAAGUUGCGAGUGACAACCUUGUAGCAACUUGAUAAAAUACUAGCAUUGUUACAACUUGUUGACAAGCUUGCUACAAGCCUGUUGCGAACACAUCUUGUUGACAAAUUGUGAAAUUUUUAGGUAUGUAUAUUGUACUCAGGAAAAUAAAACACUCGAAAUAACAUGUUGAAGACAUUUUGUAAAUAAAACGAGAACAAGAGUUGCAUGAGAGUUGACAAGCGAGAGUUUGCAUGAGAGUUUUCUCAACUUUCAUUGCUUGGUCAAACGAGAACAAGAGUUGCAUGAGAGUUGACAAGCGAGAGUUUACAUGAGAGUUUUCUCAACUUUCAUUGCUUCAUCAAACGAGAACAAGAGUUGCAUGAGAGUUGACAAGCGAGAGUUUACAUGAGAGUUUUCUCAACUUUCAUUGCUUGAUCAAACGAAAACAAGAGUUGCAUGAGAGUUGACAAGCGAGAGUUUACCUGAGAGUUUUCUCAACUUUCAUUGCUUGAUCAAACGAGAACAAGAGUUGCAUGAGAGUUGACAAGCGAGAGUUUACAUGAGAGUUUUCUCAACUUUCAUUACUUGAUCAAACGAGAACAAGAGUUGCAUGAGAGUUGACAAGCGAGAGUUUACCUGAGAGUUUUCUCAACUUUCAUUACUUGAUCAAACGAGAACAAGAGUUGCAUGAGAGUUGACAAGCGAGAGUUUACAUGAGAGUUUUCUCAACUUUCAUUGCUUGAUCAAACGAGAAUAAGAGUUACAUGAGAGUUGACAAGCGAGAGUUUACAUGAGAGUUUUCUCAACUUUCAUUGCUUGAUCAAACGAGAACAAGAGUUGCAUGAGAGUUGACAAGCGAGAGUUUACAUGAGAGUUUUCUCAACUUUCAUUACUUGAUCAAACGAGAACAAGAGUUGCAUGAGAGUUGACAAGCGAGAGUUUACAUGAGAGUUUUCUCAACUUUCAUUGCUUGAUCAAACGAGAACAAGAGUUGCAUGAGAGUUGACAAGCGAGAGUUUGCAUGAGAGUUUUCUCAACUUUCAUUGCUUGAUCAAACGAGAACAAGAGUUGCAUCAGAGUUGAAGCCUGUUCCAACUAUGUUUUAACUUAAAUAGAAUACAUGAUAAUGUUGGGAAAGCAUUAAGAACAGCUAACCAAGAUCGCGUGACAGGCACCAUUAUUAUUGCAGGUAGAAUUAGGUCAAAUUCCAAGCAAUGCAGUUCAACAAAUACCAGAGGUUCGUUCAUCCAGUAACACACGCUGGCCUGCAGACCUCGUCAUUUCAAUCAUCUCCUCCUUGCUGUGUUUCCCGCCACUUGGCAUCUUGAAUUUCAUAAAAUCCCGACAGGUAAUGGAACCUAUAUAAUUGUAGAAAGUAUUUCAUUUAUACUGGUGGCUCCAGUAAGAAUCAUCUCUUAUUGAUCCAGUGUUACUACAGGAGGAAACCUAAACUAAACUAUAACUUUAUUUAUGACUGGUGGCUCUAUCAGUUCUAAACUAUUCUUCCUAGACGUCCAGUAAGGAUCAUCUCUUAUUUAUCCAGUGUUACUACAGGAGGAAACCUAAACUAACUAACUUUAUUUACACUGGAUAGGUCUAUCGGUUCUAAACUGUUCUUCCUAGAGGUCCAGUAAGAGUCAUCUCUUAAUGAUCCAGUGUUACUACAGGAGGAAACCUAAACUGAACUAACUUUAUUUAUACUGGAUAGCUCUAUCAGUUCUAAACUAUUCUCCCUAGAGGUCCAGUAAAGAUAAUCUCUUAUUGAUCCAGUGUUACUACAGGAGGAAACCGAAAUUAAACUAACUUUAUUUAUACUGGAUAGUUCUAUCAGUUCAAAACUGCUCUCCCUAGAGGUCCAGUGAGGAUUAUCUCUUAGUGAUCCAGUGUUACUACAGGAAGAAACCUGAACUAUAUAAACUAUAUAACUUUGUUUAUACUGGAUAGCUCUAUCAGUUCUAAACUGUUCUCCCCAGAGGUCCAGUAAGGAUCAGUACAGUCAUAAUUUGAGACCAUGCAGUAUUAAUUCCAGUCUCUCUUCUAUAGUACCGCAAGCAAACGCUAUCCCAAGAUGCAGUUCAAUCACUGUCACGUGACAGCCGCCAGAUCGCACUGAUCUCGUGUUUCAUGGGAGUGACGUUCAUUGCUAUGAUUACCAUUGUCAUGUUGUUGCAAUUCUUAUAUUUUCAACUGCAAGCUGACGACAUGAAGUUGUCAUGGCGACGAGAAUAUUAUACCACGACACUAAAUCUUACCGCUGGCCUUACUGUACAUUAA